AUAUACGGGCGGACGCGGCGUUGAUUGGCUGGCGCGGAGCAGGCGGAAGUGGCGGCGCGGGAGGUGUUGGGAAGAUGGAGAAGACUUUGAACAGAAUUCAUCCAGUUUCUGAUCCAGAAGCAACCUAUUUUCUGCAGGUGUCAUGGGAAAAGGAUUUAGGCACUGGCUUUGGUUUACUUCUUAGUGACUGUCAGUGUGUCUGGACUGGGACAGUGUCUGAAUCAGACAUUUCUACAGAGGCUGCUGACAUAGAAAUGGACAGAGAGAAAUAUGUGGGAGAGCUGAGGAAAGCACUGAUAGCUGGAGAAGAGUCAGCUGGCAAAUACAACUUUGUGAUCUCAAGAGAUGAGCAGAAUAAGGUCUGUCACUUCUCCUAUGAGAGGAACCUGAAAGACGGCUCUUUCAGACUUGGAUCUCUGAAGCUGCAGGAAGUCCCAAACCCAGCAGAGGUGAUGAAGGAACUCAUUGGUUACUGCCUGGACAGCCUGGGAAAGCUGCAGGCCAAAACUGAGCAUCUGCAGAGGGAAAAUGAAAGGCUUUUCAGCAACUGGAGUGACGUGGAAAAGAGGCUGGAAAAAUGUGUGGAAGCUAAAGAGGAUCUGGAGGCAGACCUUUACAGCAGGUUUGUUUUGGUGCUGAAUGAAAAGAAGGCAAAGAUAAGAAACUUGCAGAAGUUGUUGAGUGAAGCUAAAGAAUCUGCAGUGGAUGCCAAAUGUGCAAGGGAUAGUAUAGCUACUACUCAGAUGGUUGUAAAGAAAGAAAACAACUAUGAUGCCAGCACUGAUGAGGAAAGUGAAAAUCAAGCACGGGCCUCGUUGCCAUCAGCAGCUCUGGAACGAAGGGAUUCCUCCCUGCUGGGCAGCCCAGACAUCGUGGACCCAGCUCCCAGGAGAAAACGAAGGCAAAGGACAGCAAAACCUGCAGGCACAGGAGCUAAAGUGGCUAAUUACGAGGCAGAGCAGCCAGCCCAGGAAAAGCCUGGCCUGUCCUCGCAGGCGACGUCGGGGCAGCGCUGCCCGGAUUGGGAUCUGGAAACCCUGGAAAACUCCUGUGAGCCAGAGGACCUCUUCGAGGACAUGUAGCCACCUGUGGGCUGGGGAACGGGGCACUGGUGCUUCCAGCAGGGAUAAUUUACACACUAAAAGGUGUUUUUUUACAGAGAAAACCCAAAUUCUUCGCUCUGAGGCUCUAAACCCUCCUGCACCGCGCUUCUUGCAGAGCCGUGGCCUCCUGCACCUCAUUUGUGGGUAUCCAAAAGUUGAGUUCAGCCCCUGUGCAGACCUUUUAUCACCUGUACGGGGGAAGGGAGGGCACUGUGGAUUUGUUUUUGCAUCCUCACACCUCUGGCUGUGCUCGGGAUCAGCCAUUUCCCAGACACCAGGCGUGAUGUGAUCCCAACCCAGCACGGCCCAGGCUGGGAAUGGAUAAAUCAGAUUUGUUUGAGGUGCAGGUGUGACUUUGGAAUGGUCUGUUCUCAGUCAGAGCACACAAAGAAAUGUCCUUUUCUUAAAGUGUUCUCUGUGGCACUCUGCAUUGCAAGGUGUUCUAGUUUUUGGGAGUAAAGUGCCACUGAAGUUGAUAUUGACUCUAUUUUAACUUUCUGCAGAAACCCGCAGCCUUUAAAAUUGUGAUUUUUUUGAUACUCCAGCUUUUCCCUUAGGGCGAUUUCUAAAA